CAGGAGGCGGCAGCCGCUCCUCGUCAGCCCUUCCCGGUUGGCGGAGCCAGCUGCACCCAGAUUCUCUGGUGACGAUGGGGGACCCCAGCAAGCAAGACAUCCUGACCAUCUUCAAGCGCCUCCGCUCGGUGCCCACCAACAAGGUGUGUUUUGAUUGUGGUGCCAAAAACCCCAGCUGGGCAAGCAUAACCUAUGGAGUGUUUCUUUGCAUCGACUGCUCAGGGUCACACCGGUCCCUGGGUGUUCACUUGAGUUUUAUCCGGUCUACGGAGUUAGAUUCUAACUGGUCUUGGUUUCAGUUGCGAUGCAUGCAGGUUGGAGGAAAUGCUAAUGCGUCUUCCUUUUUCCAUCAACACGGGUGUGCCACCAGUGACACCAAUGCCAAGUACAACAGUCGUGCGGCUCAGCUCUAUAGGGAGAAAAUCAAGUCACUCGCCUACCAAGCCACACGGAAGCACGGCACUGAUCUGUGGCUUGACAGUUGUGCGCUUCCACCCUUGUCCCCUCCACCAAAGGAAGAAGACUUUUUUGCCUCUCAUGUUUCUCCCGAGGUGAGUGGCACAGCAAGGGCAUCAGCACAGCCAGAAGAACCACCUUCUUUACCGCCAAGCACUGUGGAAACUGCUUCAGAAAAUAACGGAGGUGGACCAGAGCAAGGACCAAGUGUGGAAGGUAUUAAUGUACCAUCAAAGGCUGCAUUAGGUAAUAUGCUUAAAACCCUUGGGGCCAAGAAAGGAAGUUUGGGCGCCCAGAAACUGGCCAAUACGUAUUUCAAUGAAAUUGAAAAGCGAGCUCAAGCUGUAGAUAAGAUGAAGGAGCAAGACGACCUUCGGGCCAGGGCGGCGCCGCAGGAAGAAUCCAUUGUUUCAUCAUUACGAUUAGCCUAUAAGGAUCUUGAAAUUCAAAUGAAGAAAGAUGAAAAGACGAACAUGAGUGGCAAAAAAAAAGUCGACUCGGAGAGACUUGGCAUGGGGUUUGGAAAUUGCAGAAGUGGUAUUUCACAUUCAGUGACUUCAGAUAUGCAGACCAUAGAACAGGAAUCACCCAUCAUGGCAAAACCAAGAAAAAAGUAUAAUGAUGACAAUGAUGAUUCAUAUUUUACUUCCAGCUCAAGGUACUUUGACGAGCCAUUGGAGUUAAGGAGAAGUUCUUUCUCUAACUGGGAUGACAGUUCAGAUUCCUACUGGAAAAAAGAGACCAGCAAAGAUACUGAGACGGUUCUGAAAACCACAGGCUAUUCAGACAGCUGUAGACCUACUGCUCGCUGCAAGCCGGACUACGAGCUAGUUGAAAAUACAAAUGAGGCCCAGAAGAAGUUCGGCAAUGUCAAGUCCAUUUCAUCAGAUACAUACUUUGGAAGACAAGCCCAGGCUGAUUAUGAAACCAGGUCCCGUCUGGAGAGGCUUUCGGCAAGUUCCUCCAUCAGUUCGGCUGAUCUGUUUGAUGAGGAGCAUAAGCAGACGCCAGGGAACUACAACCUCUCGAGCGUGCUGCCCAGCGCCCCUGACAUGACGCAGUUUAAGCAGGGAGUGAGGUCCGUUGCUGGAAAACUCUCCGUCUUUGCUAAUGGAGUCAUGACUUCAAUUCAGGAUCGCUAUGGUUCUUAAUAUUGACAUCAUGAUGUACGUUUCCUGGAGAAGUUUUUCUUUAGAUGAAUCAGUGACCAUCACAGGCUGCCAUGAAGACCAGACGAUUUUGCAGAUUGUUUUGCUACUUUUUCACAUGGUAUAUAUACAUUUCUGUUUUUUAAUAUUGUUUUUGAGAAAUUGUUGUCUUUGAUGUAGUAGAAGCUUCACUGUCAUUUCUGUUUCACGUUACUCUUGCGCGUGCCCUCCUUUGAGCAUACCCACGCAUGUGCUUGCUUUAUUUUCUUGGAAUCUUUAGUUUCAACAGCUGGGGCCUGGAGACACCGGCUCCUCCCACCUCUCUGUGGCUGAGAGCCUUCAUGUGGGGGAGCAGGGCGGUCUCCUCGUGGCUUCUCGGCCAAGGGCUACCAGAACCAGCUCAGGCUAGAUGCGCCUGGAGGAGGACUUUCACAGCACACACAUUUCAUUAAAAAGGGAGCAAAGAAUGAAAACAAAAGGCCAAAAAUGCCUAGUGUUUAAUUUGACAGAUUGCUUCAUUUACAUUUCCACGCAGUAAGGUGAUUUCAAAACAAUGUUUAAAGUCAUCUGUCCGUUUGUAACUUGAUUAUUUUGUAUGAUCUGUAAAAUUAAAAAUAUUUUUCAGUGAGUGCUUUUAACAAGCCUAAGCUUCCA